UUAAUUUGCAAUUUGUCUGACUGCUCUUGGAAAGAAGCUGUUAAAUAGUUUUAGCUCCUAGCUUUUAUGCUUUUAGGCCUUCGGUGUCUAAAAGAAUAGGCUUAUUCCAGAUGAACAGUUGAUUCCUUGGGUGACUUGGGUCGCUAGUAAUGGCUUUGAUUUUGUUCUUGCAUCUGGCAGUAUCUAGGUCAGAUAAUGAUGGAAGUGUGGUGGUUAUGAUCCAUUCAGCAGUUUUAACCACUCUUAGGAGAGAGGCUUUUUCCUGUUGUGUGAUGCUGCCAUACUACACUAGAAUAUUACCAGUUAGAAUGCUUUCUGUAGUGGCUCUGUAGAAAGUAAUUUGUGCCAACUUGACACCACAUUGCUCCAGUCUUCUAAGGAAAUGUAGAUGUUGGUGAGCUUUUUGGAUUAAGGCUUUAGUGUUGUUGGUCCACUUUAAAGAAUUUGCGAUAUGUAAACCUAGAAAUUUGAUGCUCUCAACUUUUAAAUCUUCAAUUUGUAGUCGCACAUGUUGAUACAGUCUGAAAUCUAUGAUCAUCUCUUUUGUUUUUAUUGUGUUGAGAACCAGGUCAUUUUUCCCACUGUACUUUCAUCUAUCUAUAUCUAUCUAUAACCUGUUUCAUCAUUGUUCUGAAUGAGACCAAGGACUUUGCAAUUAUCUGCAGUUAAUGAACAGUCUGAAGUGUAUAAGGAGAAGAGCUUGGGACUAAGACAGUAUUCUUGUGGUGUGCCUGUACUGAUUAAGAUUGUAGUAGACAUGCGGUUCCCAACCGUGACAAACUGUGGUCUGUUAGUGAGAAAAUCAUGAAUCCAGUUAUAGAAGUGCUGGGGCAGAGCGAGUGUUGCAAGUUUGUUAAUUAGUUUGUGUGGAUUUACAGGUAUAGUGUUGAAAGCAGAACUGUAGUCUAGGAACAGCACGCGUAUGUAUGUGUUGGGUUUCUCCAGAUGUUGCUUAGGCAACGGCAUCUUUUGUAGAUCUAGCAGUACACAAAUUGGAGUGGAUCCAGAGAGCUUGGAAUAAUGGAGUUUAUACUUUUGAGAACCAGUUUUUCAAGGCACUUCAUAGCAACUGAUGGUGCUGUGAUAAGUCUGUAAUCGUUGAGGCUCUCAAUUUUAGGCUUUUUUGGUUUUUCUCUGAAACCUGACCCAUUGCCCUUCAUAAAAUUAGUAGUGGCAUCAUUAUAAAUCCGAUGUCAUGCAGCGGGAAGGUGACCUUAAUAAGAGGACCAUGGAGAAGAAAAGCUGGGACCCCGCAGUGGUAUUGCCUGUGUGUAUAACAUCCAUUCUUGUCUCUUCAGUGGCACUGGAGGUGGUUUAUUUAAUUCUGACUAUCCCAGGAAAUGGACAAGUAAUGCUUUUUGUGCUGACAUCUUAUCUUUUAUUUAAUGUCAUUGGUAACAUGUUAAGAUUCAUUCAGAGCAAUCCAACUAUUAAAGGAGUCUUUCUGGAGCAUGGCAGCAUGGGACAAGGUUGGGAGUAUUGCUACUCCUGCCAAACUCAUGUUCCACCAAGAUGCCAUCAUUGCUUUGAUUGCAACGUGUGUGUCCUUCGGAGAGAUCAUCAUUGUACGCUACUCGGAAAGUGUGUUGGGCACUCCAAUUACCGCUACUUCUUUUGUACCUUAGUUCAUGGUUGGUUGGCACUUCUCCUCGCUACAUUUCUCAACGCUGAGAUUUUCAUGGAGGUGCUACAUGAGGGUUUUGGAUUUCACAGCUUCUUUCUUCUUUUGAUGCCUUGGAUGAUGCUGGUCACAGGGCAAGUGACUCUCUCAGCCUUCGUUUUCGCUUUUGUUGCUGACACGUGUGUCAUAGGAUUUCUUUUCUGCUUUGCUUUCUUCACCUUGCAUUCUAUUCUUCUGUGUCGUGGCUCCACUACCAAGGAGUGGUUUCGUGGAUCCCCAAAGGAGGAUUAUGACCUUGGUUGGAAAAGGAAUUUCAUGGAAUACCUUGGAGAACGAUGGUACCUUGUCUUGUUGUCUCCAUGGGUAGAGUCCAGGAUUCCAGGAAAUGGAAUUAAUUUCCAGACAGCACCCAACAGUAGAAAGUUUUCAAAGUCUACAGACCUUUGACCUUUCCAUUUAUUACAGCAUAUUUUGUGCUUAUGAAAAAUAGACUUGUCCUUGUUUAUAGAAAUUAAAAAUUAGCAUUUCUCUCUUUGGUUAUUGUUUGCUAAUCUGCAAAUAGAAAAUAUAUUGAUAAUGUCCAUUAUCCCAGUGUACAUAGCAUACAUAUGUAUGGUAGAAGUAUAUGGUUUUUUUUGUGUGCACAUAAUUAGUACAUGUUUGAGCAUAUCCAUAUACCUGAAACAGGUGAGGAGUUGCUAUCUAUGCAUGGUUUGCUAGUCCUACAGGAAUUUGCAAACGCUUAUUUCUGAGUUUACAUAAAUUUAAGGUUAAAAACUCCUUAUCUCUUUUACAACUCCAGUCAUGUUUUAUUUUACAAAAGCACCAUGUGGUUGUGGGUGAUACAUUCUUUAAAAAGUGACAAAAGUGACAAAAGUGACUGCUACUUGUAUCGCUAUAUAGCUAUCCACAACCCUACGUCGUCAAAUUAAUGUAAGGAAAAUAUCAUAUGGCUAGGCCGUUGAGUGGGUAACAACCAGUGUAUAACGCUUAUACUUCUGUAAAAACAAAUUCACAUAUGGUUUAAUUACCUUCAAAUUACGAAAGUGAUUGCAGGUUCCAAUAAUAAUAUCUAUGAAACCACAAUCUUCGAAUCACACAGUAAGAUAUUGUUCUAAUCAUUGUGUAGGUUCUUUGUAUCCUAAUUUCUGUUAAAUGCUUUGAAGCUCAAAAAAUGUAAGCACUUUUUACUGAAGCUGUAGCUCUUAAAAUGCAGAUUUCACUUGUAGCUUUUCUUUUCCUAAUGUGUUGCCUGAUCUUCAUAUGUCACACAAUAAGUAAUUAAAAGAUGACUAUAAAGGAAGUCAAAGACAAUGGCACCAUAAAGUAUAGAAUAAAUGAAGGAUAUAAUGAAUUGCAUAUAAAUACACUUUAGCAAAGACAUAUCCCUCAAUAUGUUAUUAGUGAGACAGUGGCAGGUACGCUGCUGCCAUGAGGUGAGUUGAGACACGCAGAAAGUAAGCCGAAACUCCAUUUUUUAAAAUCAGAAUUUCAGCUCUUCUAGUGCAGAGAGCGCUAUUGUGGCCCCCCUCACCCCCUCUGACGCGAUAAAGCUAUGCGUGGGGGGAGCAGCAUCAACUUUCCUGCCUCAGGCGGCGCUGGACAGCGGGAAUAGGUAUAACAGAUAAGUAUAUGAACCAUACGUUCUAGUAACCUUUCAAGAAAUAUGAAUAUAAAAGUCUUUCCAAAUGAAGGAUCCUUCUUAUAAUGGAUUAAAAGUGUUUAUUAAAGUAACAAAGAAGCAAACAGUUUAGUUGGAUUUUUUAAGCCCGGGGACCUUGCUAAAAUGUUAGAUGUAGUAAGUGACAAUCAAACUAAAAACCAAAUAGUGCUUCAACUGUGUUUGGUAUAAAUAUACAGAGAGAGACAAUAACAUUCAUGUUAUGAAUAUUAGUGAAGUCCAGUAACUAUCAAAUGUGUGUCAAUUGUACUAAGUCAGCCUUUGGGUUCAUGGCCAUUAGUGUUUUACCAAGAGGUGUAAAGGUGGAUCCUCUUUAAUAGAAAGCAAGAGUUGUCAUUGGGGAAUCUCUUUUAAUACUGUGAGCUCAUUCAGACUCAUUAAGCCAAAGUCACAGCAUAUCUUUUAAAUGUGACUAGUAGGAGGACUUGCAAUUAGUGCUAAUAUGGGGGGGGGGGGGUGAGAAGAAAGGGGGCUCCAUAUGCCUAGUGUACAAAGUUGCCUAAGUCUGAAACUCAUGGCGGCACAACACAGCAGAGUCACUUUCAGAGGAUGUGAUAAUUAUGAAAUAGUUGGUAAUUUCUGGGAGUCAACAGGGGCAUUAUUGUACCAUUACACCAUCAGUAUCAUUUUAAAUUGAAAUAAUGUUUUUCAGUGCAACAUGGAUAAGAAACUGUUCUUCUCUCAGUUAUUAGACCUCCUUAUUACUAUUUUUUUAGUAGGUUACCACCAAUAGUUUGAGAAAUACAGAGGCAUUUGAAAAUGGCAAGGACAUUCUGGGGCUCAUACACUAAGAUAAUUAAGUUUGAUCAGUCUACUACAAGUUAGAAAGUAAAAGCAAAUAUCUACACUUGCUAUGAGUUACUGCGCUCUUGUAUUUAGCACUCAUGUUAAUUACUCCAUGUCCCAACUUCCCAACACACAUGUAAGAUAUGGUAUGACAUGAUUGCAUCCGAGAUUUCCUUUGUCAUAUGCAUGUUUAGUCAUAAAUAGUUCUUUUCACCAUAUUCAUAGAGAUUACCUAGCAGAAGGCAUUUAUGGCUGAUCCUACUAAAAAUUAAACUAUACUUUGAGAUAAAAAUUGAGCACGUACAGUAUCAAUAUAAAAGCUUUUCUGUUUUUCAUAAAGUCAUAAGAAAAUGUGACAUUUCUUGUUGCUGUCUGUGAUUAUCCUGUGUAAAAUGCACCAAACAGAUCCUGCACUGAUUUGAUCUAAAAAAAAAAAGAAUUGAAUACAUUUACAGAAAAGCUGAAUUAACUGUGGUAGUUAAAUAUGAUAUAGAUUGCGGUAUUCUUAAACAAUUUGCAAAUGGUAGUGGUGGAUCAAUUAUUUCAGUUUUUGCACAGCAGGCCCUUAGACUUGAAUUAAGGCCCAGAGCACAAAGGAAGGGGUUUGAUUGUCGUGGCUAAACAGACAACCAUCAUACAAGAGGAUAUACAUGGUCAUCUUCUGACACAAACCAUCAGGACCCCAGAAAGUGAAGAGAAGCCACAGCUCCUCUUUAUUUGCUUAUCUGCCGGUGCACAAUGCACUGACCUAUUUGAUGCAUCGGUAGAUGAAAUGUUAAAACCUGAACAAAUAGAGAAUCAUAGUACAUGGUUAUUGGUUGGGAUCAGUGGACCAUGAUACAGAAAGAGAUUAGCUGCAGAAACUUGUUUCAUACUUUCUUUAAUCUGUGCGUGUAUGCUCAACUCUAGAGGACCACAAACGCAUUUAAAAUACUGUAGAACACCAAUUUUACAUCCCCGGAUUUUAUAUUUUUUUUGUUGCAGUGCCAGGCAAGCUGCGUUUUUUCUUUUCCUGAUUUAAUGUUUUCUAGAAUUUAUGCCUUUUUGACACGUUUACCUGGGAAAUGGCAAAAUGGGGGGUUCUACUGCAACAGUCAAUAAAAAAAACUCUACAGAAUAAACCAGUGUUAGCUGGACCUCACCUUUGAACAUACAAAAUAGAAACCUAUUGCUUUAAUUAACAUGUGAAACUCAAGAAUUGGAACUGUUUUAUCUACCGAUCUCUUCUUGCUGAAAUAAUUCUGUAUUUUUUUCUUCUUUGUUUUGGUUUGUAUUUGAAAUACUGUGAAAAAUGAUUUUAAUAAAACAACAUGUAUGAAAA